ACGACGUCAAUUCCAGUUCAGUGGGCUGAAUGUGUGAAACUUUUGAUUCGAUGUAUACUUAGUCUGUCGAAACUAUUCCCACCAGUGGAGAUUUUAAUUAUUAUUCGCGACCCAGUUUCGUGACUGAUGAGAUGAUUGCCAUGGCUGCGAGUGUCGUCAAUGCAUGUCAAAGACAAACAGGCGUGGCUACAGCGGACAUCGAAGCUGUAAGAAAUGGAGAGUGGCCAGAGUCUCGCCAAUUAAAAUGUUACAUGUAUUGUCUCUGGGAACAAUUUGGAUUAAUUGAUAUCAAAGGUGAGCUGAGUCUCAACGGAAUGCUAACAUUUUUUCAAAGAAUACCAGCAUACAGAGCUGAAGUUCAAAAAGCUAUUCGUGAGUGCAAAGGAGUUGGUGAAUAUUUAGCUAAUGGAGACAAUUGUCAAUAUGCGUAUACAUUUAAUUUAUGUUACGCAAAAGUAUCACCCAAGACGUAUUACUUAUUUUAAAUUCUACUAUGACUGAAGAUAAUUAUAAAUAAUUGGAAUUUUAUUUAAAUAUAACUAAACAAUAUUGAAACCCACUCAAUUAUCUGUUUAAUAACAAAAAAAAUCAUAAUGGUGUAAUAUAUGUUUAUAAUUU